ACAUAAGCUGUUCGGUAUAUCAUAUCAAUGAAGAAAUGAUUGUAGUCAUCAGCAUAUUACGUGUUGUAAGAAUACCGGCUUAACGAGACUCGGUGACAAACAAUGGCGAGGAAUAACCCUCAUUAAUCAAAAUGUCCAAUUACACAAUGCAUUGGACUAUGUGUUGCACUAUAUUAGAAGCUGAUGGCAUAAGUGUUAUAUAUACCUUACAUGUUGUUGCACAAAAGAUCAGUCAUACUUCUAACAGCACGUGUAUUAUAUGAGAUGGAAAAUUUAGUGUCGGUUGCCGUUUCAGAACAGAGCAAAUGGCAGUUUUUUUACCAUUUUAUUGGUCUGAACUACGACGCAGCGUUUAGACACUGCAAGACAGUUCACGGGGGAAGUUUAUUAGAUGAAAAUCACAAUCAGAUGGCGUUUGUGCUUUCAAAUAUUCCAACUGAGUCACAAUAUUUGUUUUGGGUGCGGUCAAGAAAUGCUAAGCAACCGUGCUACUAUUUUGGCCAUACAGCUUACAAUAAAAGCUUUUCUUUUGCGUGGGGAAAUACUUGCCAAUACAUCGCUCCUUUUAUUUGCCAAAAGAGAGGACUGCCGCCUCCCACCACCACUCCUCAUACGUCUUCCGCUGCGUUGUUUGCCAAGACCGAAGCAACUGUCUUUGCAAAUACAUCAAGCGGAGCAACCGCAGCGUCGAGUUCAUUUCCAACGACGCUAGCUCUCUACAUCGGCUCAUUAGUUGCGUUGUCUGUAAUCACCCUUAUCCUUAUUGCGUUGGUAUUAUUUCUAUGUUGUAAGCUCCACAAGAAAAAAGUAUCAACCACUGAAAAUGUAAAUGCAAACGAAGAGGCGGCACAACCUGACGCACGUACAUACCAAAUGAAUGUACGUGGCUUGUCCAAUCAUUCAGACGCCGGGUAUUAUUCGAUUCGAGAUCCCCAUCCGAACAUAAGCGAGUUUGGUCGAGGAAAUCCACGUCUGUACAGCGAAGUAAGGGGCGGUCUUGGUCCAGCAUCGGGAACAUCAAAUUCAGUUUAUUCUAAUGUUUAACACGGCCGCGUAACUUAACAUAUUUUGGGGCCAAUAUAUAUAUAUAUAUGGUAGGGUACGGAAGAUGGGGUACACCUUUAGCACAGAAUAUCAAAAUAUCCCGAUCGAGUUUUUAACAAUUAACAACGGUCUAUGAAAGUCGUGAGUAUGCGGUUCAGUAAUUCUUUAAAUGUUUUUUUACUACUAAAUAGGACAAGAAAAUAGAACGUAAAGGUGUCCCAUCUCCCCUCACUACUAUAUCUAUGUAUUUGCGUUAUAUUACAUCAUGUAUAUGCGUCGUGUAAAUAAUAUUAUAAAUUCAAGCCGGUUUAAAGUUUGACAUUUGGUUGAUUUGGAGACUAUACACGACAUAUUGAUAGUUUAAACUCUUCUGACUCUACAGUACACCUACAUAAAUUGAACCUUAUAUGCAAAUGUACGUCUCAAUAAAACAGAAUUUCAAAAAAAAACUAUUUGUACAUUCGGUCGAUACCAAAAUUGUAGUCCUGUCAGUCUUAAGUGUUAAACAAGUUUUUGGUCUGCAGUUAUGAACUGUCUUCUGUUACUGCUGUAUUUGAUCGUUCGAGUUGUAUUGUUCAUAAACAAAAUGUUUUGUGUUGCAUGCAUGAAACUUGUGGUUUCGUCACGGAACGUCUAUUGACUAAAGGUUAGUUUACAAAACAGAGGUUGCUAUUUGCUAAUGUAGAGUCUUUAGUUGAUAUGCUUACUUCUACUCUUAUACAGCAAGGGGUAAUUUAUUUAAUAAUUCUAAAAUUAACAACUUUGUUGUUAUACUGGAGAAAAAUGACAUAAUUUAUAAAUAUACCAAUGUUAUCUCUCUACCCAGCUGUUUAUUUGUUUUAAGUUACUCACAUUUGUGUAAAAUUCUUGGUGUUUGAAAAUUUAACAUCUGCCGUGUACAAAAAAAGAAAAAAUAUAAAAUAUAGGUCCAUUUUCUGUUCUUUGGUGUUUAACAUAAAGUGUACUGAGGCGUUGUACAACGAGAUCACGUUGGUUUAAAAGGUGUGUGCAGAAGUAAAAGCGCACGGAAAUAGUUUAAAUAAACGUACAUUUAAUAUUCGGUAUGUUAGCAAUAAAAAAAAGUCAGUUAAAACAUGAACACGUUCUAACAAAAUCUAUGUGGGUCAAAGAUAAGCAAUGUACUACUUGCAAAUAACUAACUCUAACACAGUACCAAGCCGCUCCAUGGUUAUGUUUUAUAAAAGUUCAUUUAUGAAGGCAUCAGGCUUUCCAAAAAGAAUUUUAUAUUAAGUUGGCUCGUGUUAGUUGCUUCGUGAUUAGGCGCGCUGCAUAGCUGUUAGUGCAAAUCCAUUAAGUAGUGGCUAGUGCAGAAGCAUGUACAGCCAUAGGACAGGUGCAAGAUAUUGGACAGACAAA